CCGGAAAUGGAUACAAAUGUCAACACAGUGUGUUUGUGACAGUUUACAUAUAUUGAAAAGACUUGCAUUGUAGAAUGAGUGGUCAUGUUGGUGACCUAAAUGAGAAACAAGCAAUAGCAUUACAGAAAUUCAAAGAAGCAGUUUCAGAUUUACUAUGUCCAGAACAAGAUGAUUUCUACCUACUGAGAUGGCUAAGAGCCAGAAAUUUUGAUUUGAAGAAGUCUGAACUCAUGUUUAGAAAUCACAUUGAAUGGAGGAAGAAAGUGUCAGCAGAUAAGAUUUUACAGGACUACUCAGAACCAGAAGUUUUAAAGAAAUACUUCACUGGAGGUCUGCAUGGGUUUAGUAAAGAUGGCUCUCCAAUCUGGAUUGAUCCAUUUGGAAAUAUUGAUUUAAAAGGUUUAUUGAGAUCAGCCAAGAAAUCCGAUGCUGUUCUGAGUAAAGUUUAUAUACUAGAGAAGUUAUAUAGUGUGAUGUUCAAAGAACAAACACAAAAGGUUGGUUCUAGAGUAGACCAAGUGGUAGUUAUAUAUGAUUUAGAGAACUGUAGCAGAAGACAUCUAUGGAAACCUGGUCUUGAUUGUUUCUGUGAAAUAGUUGCCAUGGUUGAAGAUAACUAUCCUGAAACUCUUAAAAUAGCUUUUGUAAUUAAUGCUCCAAGAAUAUUCCCUGUGAUAUUUCAUCUAGUCAAACCAUUCCUUGCUGAAGAAACUGCCAAAAAAAUACAUAUCUUUGGAAGUAAUUACAAAGAUGAAUUGUAUAAGUAUAUAGACAAAGACCAGUUACCUAGUCACUGGGGUGGAACAGGUGUAGAUCCAGAUGGUGACCCUAAAUGUAGUUCAAAGAUCUGUCCAGGAGGAAUUGUGCCAAAAGAGUAUUACAGGAAAUAUGAUUUAGAGGCAGAGAAUUUAACCUCAGUAGAGGUGGGAAGAGGUUCUUCAUUACAAUUAGAUUAUACUGUCAAAGUUCCUAAUUGUAUUAUACGAUGGCAGUUUUCAACCGAAGGUUUUGAUAUAGGUUUUGGUAUAUAUAGAAGGACCAAAGAUUCCCGACAGAAGGCUGGUGACAUGGAGGAGGUAUUCCCCUCCCAGAGAGUCAAUAGUCACCUGAUACUAGAGGAUGGUAGUAUUGUCUGUAGUAAGGCAGGCACUUAUAUUAUAAGAUUUGACAAUACCUACAGUUGGACCAGGAGUAAAACAAUCAGAUAUUUAAUAGAAGUUCUGGAACCUGAGGAUGGCUAUAGUAUACCAGGGUCAUCAAGUAGUCAGUCUUUAUCAAGCCAGAAUUAGUUUCAUGGAACUUAUUUCAUAAAUAAUCUUACAAUAACAAUUCUUAAGUGAUACAGUUGACUCCUCUUAAGGUGGUACCAUACACCUUGACGAAAAUAAAUUUGGCACAUUUAAUUUUCUUAAAAUUUUGACAAAAUAUUUACUUUGACCUUUUGAUAGAAAUAUCAAAAUUUCAACCAACCACUUUCUUGGAAAAACUUUGAACCAACCACUUUCUUGGAAAAAUUUGGAUAGAUAUAUAGCAGUUUGAAAAACACUAAUUUUUAUCAUUGAGAAGCUUAAUAUUUCCUCAACAAUACAACGUGAUGGGGUUUACCGAUUUUUACAGAGUUAUCUCCCUAAAGUGUUAGGUACACCUUAAUUGCACAAUACUUCUUAAAAACCUAAAGAAUAUCUUUAAAUUUAUAUUUUAUAAUAAUUGCAUAAUAUCUUUGACAUUUUGGCUAUGGUAUUAAGAGAAAUCCUCUGAAUUGUAUUGUUCGAAAGUUUCUUUGUGAAUAGUCAUAUGAUAUGAUGUUAGUUAUAAGCUAGAUGAAGUGUUCCAGACAUUUAUCAAUGUUAAUACUAAAAUUAUAAUAAAUCACAAAUUCAAAUGUUAAGCAAAGUUAAAAUGUUCACAAUGCAGACAUGUACUUAAGAAAUAUUUGUUAAGAAAACCACAAAAUCAAACAAACAUGAAAAUGUGCUUUUUCCUCAAUCAAUAAAAAUUUAAUUAAAUAGAUGUUCAUACUUUUUAAAUUAAGAUAUGGUUACAUCAAAAUGGUGAUAGAAUCAUUUUCAAAAUACUUCAUUGUCUUGUAUUAUCAGUAUUAUUGUUUAGACUGACUGCAAAGAUGUAGUGACACAUUGUUAUUAUUUUAAUAGUUUUUUUAUAUUGUUGUUGUCUGCAUCACAUGUACACUUGCACAAAUUUUUCUACAGGACAUUAAGUUGUGCCCUGCUAUUUUAAUAUUUUAUUAGUGUGUGUUUAGGUUUACCAACCUAAAACAUGGACAUUGCCAUUUCUGCUUAAAUUAUUUUGAGAAUGCCAGCAAAAUAUUUUGUCCAAGGAAUACUCUGACACACAUUUUGUGGUUAUAUUUGAAAGAGGUUGACAAGUUCUUCAAAAAUGUUGGUAAUGUCAUUAUUGUGAAAUUACAUUUAUGAAAAUAUUAUUUUAAGACUUUGACUCGGAAAACUUGAAAAAAUUGACAAAGAUUUCAUUUUAACUGCAGGUUCAUAAAACAGCUUGAUAAUCUUAAUUACUUUUCAUUAGUUCUAAACUUUAAAAUGCAAUAAAUCAAAAAUCCAUGACAUAUUUAAUUAAUAUUUUAUUAAUAUUUUGUAUUCUUUAUAUUAUAUAUUCCUUCGAUUAUUUUGUGAUAUUUAUGUUUUAUGUUUUGAAUAGUUGAUUCAAUCAAAACAAUUUAUCGUAAUGUUAUGUUAUGUUAUAUGUUGAUUGUUAUUGUCUAUAGAGCUUUUGAUUUAAUUAAAAAGCUGUAUUUGUUAUUUAUAAUUUAUUGUAAAAGAAAAAUCUUCUUCAAAUGUAGACAAUAUGAUUAGUCAUUUCUGUCGAUUGACAAAUUACUUGGAAUUUAAGAAAUAACAGAACAAUAUUUGAAGAUUUAUUACCUUCAGUUUGUGAUUUGAUAUGCACAGAGCAGAGCUUAAACAGUAUUUGCAACCAUCAAUUCCCAAAUUAACAGUGGCAACUUUUCAUAUAUAUUACUGUUAUUCCUAUUUUAAUACAAUACUCUUAAAUAUUCAUAAUAAAAAAUACCUCAAAUAUUUACUGCAUUUGCACCAUGUUAUUACAAAUAAUUGGACCAUCAACGAUGGAAUUGGCAGAAAUACAGAUAAGAUUUAAAAUUUUACUCACAGUGCAAUUUUUAUCAAAUAAGUUAUCUUUUGAUUGAUUCUAAUUAACAUGAACCCCACUCAUCUUUUUUUAUUCAUAUGGUCAGAUGCACAUAUUUUUACCACAAUCACUUAUCAAAGUAAUUAUCUCCCUUGUUCAUUCAUCAGCAGUCCAGUGGUCUAUGUAGUUAAUCUGCAGUAUCACUUGCCUUUUCAACACUGAUGUUAAAAAUACUUUAAAAUAAUUAUUGGUGAAAACUUAACCACUAGAAACAUUUUGUUUUCUUUGGUUGUGAACUCAUUAGGUUUUAUUUGCCUGGUCAAAUAAACCAAAAAUCACUGCCUGUUUUGUUAAUUUUUAAAAUUUACUUAAGGUUGGUUCCCUGCUUUUGAUAGGUAAAUUGUUUUUUGUAUUAAAUUGUGUAAGCAUGUAUAAGUUAUUUUAAAACUGUGUUGUGUUUUUUUUUGUCAAGACAUCCCAUUGCUGUGGGCCUCAGUGGCAGAUUGCAGAGGCUGAUCUAGGGAGGGGGCAGGGGGCCCAGGCCCCUCUUUUUUGGAAAAAAAAAGGCUUAUAUAGGGAAUAACGGGAGGGGGCCCCCCCCUUAGGCAGUCAGUGGGCCCCCCACUUACGAAAAUUCCUGGAUCUGCCACGGGAUUGGUCCAAGAAGUUCAUCUAGUUUUCAACACUGAGGUUGUGAGUUUAAAUCUUAGUUGUUGUUAGAUGGGCUUGACUUAUAUUUUAUUGACUAGGAUUGCAAGUUUUCUUUCCAAAGGCCAAUGGUUCUGUCAGGUACUCAGGUUAUCUACAACAAUAAAUACUGGCCACCAUCAUAUAGCCAAGUGUGUUUAAAAUGGGUGUUCAAUAUACCAUCAAUCAAUCAAUCAAUCAAUCAAUCAAUCUAAGUCAAGAUAUUAAAAGAUAUUACUUUUAUAUAUAUAUAUAUUACAUCUUAUUUCCAUGAAUAACUAUCUGUUUUAAGAAUAAUAACAUUCUGACAAGUUUUCAUCAUAGAUUUGUUUUUCAAAAUGCAAGUCUCAUAAUGAUAGUUGAGUAUUUGAUGUUUACUGUUUUAUUAAAAAAAAUGUAUUGAGGUUCGUUUUUGCACAAAUGGUUUCAAGGUAUACACAAGACCAACAGGACAGGAACUAGAUAACUCAAAGUAAUGUGUAAAAUAUGGUUGAUUUUUAUUAUUUUAUUACUGUAAAUUCAGAAAUUAUUGCAUGCACUUAUUAUUUUGAUUUUGUCAUUUUAGACUAAAAUGCGAUUAUUAAAUUUGUACAAUUUUGGAAAAAAUCCUGCUUAAUUCAUAUAAUUUAGAAUGCAAGUUAAAAUUAUUCCGUUUACAACUCUGUUGCAAUUUUCGCAAUAAUAAAAACCUCGCAAUAAUUUCUGAAUUUUCAGUAUGUUGAUAAAUACAAAAUUUAUGUGAUAGAUUUUCAGUGAGUACUCUCAUUUUCAAAAAAUUACAGAGUUAUAAGUUGCUGAUAUUUUUUUUGUUAUGACAAUGAUUAUAUUUUAUUGCUCUGUUAUACGAGAGAUUUUAUUUGUACACAUAUUUAUCUUUUUUCUGAUUAAAUGUCUUCUCACAUAUUUUACAUUAACUUUAAUAAACAUUUCAAAUUA